CGAAAUAUUUAUUCCAAUAUGGAAAAAUCUCUGCCACGUGUUGUUCCUUCAUUACCGAAAUUUACUAGAUGGGGCUCAGGGAAGAUCACAAUGAUAUUUUCUGGAGCAUUUCUGAUUGGCCAAUACAUAGGACACACUGGAGCUGAAUACUUGGAGCAUAGCUACGAUUGUGACUGCUCGGCGCAUCAUAUUGACGACGAAUAAAAAGUUUUAAAUACUUAAUGAUUACGAAUUGCUUUCUUUGCUCAGAAUAAUAUAAUUAUAAACGUUACCACAGUU